CCAUGCCAGGAAAGAACACGCUAUCAUCAUUGCCUUAGGAGCUUUCAAGAGCUUCUUGAGCUCCUGAGAGGUUCAAAACUGUGCUACACCACGGCUAUUGUCAUUCAAAGACAUACGUGAUGAGCCACAAGAUGCUUCCACCGAUCCCAAUACAAUCGAAGUUCCGUUCGACACCAACGAUCGACCGAGGUAACCAUGGAGAAGCACCACCGUCAUAUCGAGCAUCAGUGCAGACUCCACCUUCACUUGACAUCUCUCAACGUCUCGAAAGAAAACUAGCACAAUACAACGCAUCCCAGAAUGUCUGGAAACGUUGGCUGUUCGAGAUCAUCAGCUGGACAACAAGUGCUGCCUGGUGCGGUUAUCGGUAUGCUGCUAUACUCUCGAGACCACCUCUUGAGCGAGCGAUCCUUCGCUCUCGCGGCCUACAACGUACAGUCCGAUGUUCGCUUCUGCAGCCCUCAUACUACCCUCUUCUGAGGCUAUUGGACAACUCAAGUGGACAUGGUUCCACGGUAACGAGUCGAAAGAGAUGUUCGACUUCGAGAUAUUCGACAAGGCAUCGAGAGGAGCGUGGGGUUCCUUUCUCCUUCUAUUUCACACGAAGGGACGCUCGCUUGCUGCGCUCGGUGCAAUCUACAAGCCUACAUAUAUUCCUGAGUACUUCUUGGGUUGGGAUCAUCACAAUACGACAUGAAUUUCCUGCCAGCUGUGCAAAAUUUCAGAACGACUGUGGUGAGGUACUCAGAAGCAUACGAUAUGAGCCUGAUGCCGCCCAGGAGUUCAGAGAAGGACUAGAGUCGACUAUGGACGAUGUGGAUACCAACAUCGUUGCAGAGAAGUUCUUGUAUAGAAAUGGCACACAAAUUCUCUCGCUCACUAGAGGCUCUAUCAACGGCACCAAGGCCAAAGUACCUGUGGUAAGUCAGCCCUUCAUUCACGUGUAUCUAGACUUCUUGCCAACCCAGUAACAUGAUGAUUGCAUCUACUCGGGAAUGGUUACUCUGUCGAAAGCUCCGAAAGCCCUCGCUAACGUCUCGUCUCGAGUAGUCUUGCCCAUCGAGUAACUGCACUUGGCCAGCCUGAGAAACGCUA